ACUGACGAUUUGUGUCCAGAGCAUAACGGACUUAAGGCCAAAACGUCUUCUCUAAAAGUUCAGUCCAGAUGGCUCCUUUUUCUUGUCAGAUGAGGUGAAAGAAGAGCUGACAACAGAAACUUCAGUUGUUUCUGUAGUGCCUAUAACGCACAGAUCACAGAGGCAUCCGUGUCCAAAUUGAGAGAGAGAAAGAAAAGAGAGAAUUCUCUCACCCAGGCUCUUAUACUGGAUGCUGAACUGCCUGGAGAGGACAUCAGUGACCUGGUCCAUGGGUACCAGCACCUCUCUGCUCCCAGGGAAGGUUUCACUGGGUCCUGAGUCAGGCCAACAUGAAAAGAGACAAGUGCCAUGGCGAUGGGGAGACAGACUGCCGGGCAGAGCUAGUCUUUGUCAAUGGAGGCUGCAGUGACCCUGCUGAAGAUGAAGCUUCUCCCCCAGCUCUGGAAGCAAAUGGAAGGCCCAACAAACAAGAUGCUGUGGACCUACGAUUAGUGUCCACUAGGAGCAAGAAGAUUGGCAAGGAAGACCUCUCCAAGCAAGACCUACGUUGGCCCGUGAAGCUCAGGGAGGCUCCAGAGGUGCGACUGCGCGGUGCUGCCGGCUGGGAGAGCAGCCUGAGGCAGAAGCCUCCAGCUCGCAGGAUAUUCCAGGCAGGAGUGAAUCUCCAGGAGACAAAACUUAAAGAAGGGAAUGAUCUGGAGCGUGACAGGGAGUCCCUGGCUCCCAUUCGGUGCUCCAAGAGGAGGACGGCCAUGUCUGUCCAGGCGCCCCUGAUUGACCUCACUGAGGAGGAUUCCAAGGAGUCCUCCCAGAGCAGCAGCACCAUGUCUGCCAGCAGCAGCCUGGAGGACCAGAAUGGAUCCCCCCAGCUUGUCGCUGGGAAGCAGGAGAGCAGUGUUGCAGGGGAAGUGGUGGAAUACCAGGAUGGGAAAGAUUUUGGAAUUGGGGAGCUCGUGUGGGGGAAGAUCAAGGGCUUCUCCUGGUGGCCUGCAAUCAUCGUCUCUUACAGAGUCACGUCCAAACGUCAGGCAAUCUCUGGAAUGCGCUGGGUGCAAUGGUUUGGGGACGGGAAGUUCUCUGAGGUUUCAGCAGACAAGCUGGUGGGUCUGAUGGCUUUUAGGCAGCAUUUCAACCACUCCACGUUUAAUAAGCUGGUCUCCUAUCGACGAGCCGUACACCAUGCCCUAGAGGUUGCAAGGAGCCGGGCAGGGAAAACGUUCCCAGGCACCGCUGGGGAGUCUCUGGAAGAGCAGCUAAAGCCCAUGAUUGACUGGGCAUUCAGCGGCUUCAAGCCCAUGGGAUGCAAGGGACUGAAACCACCGAAAACUCCAGAGAACGGAGUGGCUCCCCUCAAGAAUGGCACUGAAGAGGUCUGUGCCCCUGAACACUGCCCCCCGGCCAAGCGACUAAAGACUAACUUCUGCAGCAACAGCAAGGAGCGGGUGGAGGAGGACCAGAGCAGAGAGCAAAUGGUUUCCGAAGUCACAAAGAACAACAGGAGCCUUGAAGACAGUUGUUUAUCGUGUGGGAGAAAAAACCCAGCCACAUUCCACCCGCUGUUUGAGGGGGGCCUUUGCCAGACUUGCAGGGAUCGAUUCCUGGAGCUCUUCUACAUGUAUGAUGAGGACGGCUACCAGUCCUACUGCACUGUGUGCUGCGAGGGCAAGGAGCUGCUGCUGUGUAGCAAUGCCAGCUGCUGCCGGUGCUUCUGUGUCGAAUGCUUGGAGGUCCUGGUAGGCCAAGGUACCUCGGCCAAGGCAAAAGAGCAAGAGCCCUGGAGCUGUUACAUGUGUCAACCACAGAAGUGGUAUGGGGUGUUACAGCGCCGACCGGACUGGAAUGUACGGCUGCAAGACUUCUUCACCAGUGACAAAGGACAGGAAUAUGAUGCGCCUAAAAUCUACCCGGCGGUCCCUGCAACAGAAAGGAGGCCAAUCAGAGUGCUGUCCCUAUUUGAUGGCAUAGCAACAGGUUACCUGGUUCUGAAGGACCUAGGCAUUAAAGUGGAGAAAUACAUCGCCUCUGAGAUUUGUGAAGAUUCCAUUGCUGUGGGAACUGUCCGACAUGAAGGGAACAUCACAUACGUGCAUGAUGUCAGGAACAUAACCAAGAGAAACAUUGAGGAAUGGGGUCCUUUCGACUUGGUGAUUGGUGGAAGCCCCUGUAACGAUCUCUCUGUUGUGAAUCCUGCCAGAAAGGGUCUGUAUGAAGGCACUGGAAGACUGUUCUUCGAGUUCUAUCAUCUCCUCAAUUACGCCCGUCCCAAGGUAGGGGAGGAGCGCCCCUUCUUCUGGAUGUUUGAGAAUGUCGUGGCCAUGAGAGUCAAUGAUAAAAGGGACAUUUCUCGAUUUUUGGAGUGCAACCCAGUUAUGAUCGACGCCAUCAAGGUAUCAGCUGCACACAGAGCACGCUAUUUCUGGGGCAACCUGCCUGGGAUGAACAGGCCUCUGGUAGCUUCCAGGACUGAUAGAGUUGAGCUUCAGGACUGCCUGGAGUACAGUAGGAUAGCAAAGUUGAGAAAAGUGCAAACCAUAACGACUAAAUCCAACUCCCUCAGGCAGGGGAAAAGCAUGCAGCUCCCAGUGCUCAUGAAUGGGAAAGAAGACAAUUUGUGGUGCACUGAGUUAGAAAGGAUUUUUGGCUUCCCCCUUCACUACACAGAUGUGUCCAACAUGGGGCGUGGAGCUCGUCAGAAGCUACUUGGGAGAUCAUGGAGUGUCCCGGUCAUUCGGCACCUGUUUGCCCCGCUCAAGGAUUAUUUUGCCUGUGAAUAGCAGGGAUUCCCUUGUCUCUUCUGGUAAAGACGCACUAGCUCAACUGCCUGUGUGGGAGAGGGAAGGAAGAGAACAGCCCACAAGCUCCAUUACUUGGUAGGAAAUGGUCCCCUAAGCCACACGCUUUGGGAAGGAAGUGUGCCCCUGCAGGGAGAGCGUAGGAAACUUUCUUUAACCAAAGAACCUGUUAGGGUGACUUUUUCAAAGGGACAGAAGACAAUGCUCUUUAGAAAAUACCGAACAUAGAAUCUAGCUUACCCCACCCAGGAGAGCGGAGGUAUGGUGGAUGAGACCACUGUGUCUCACACAGAGCAUUAACCAUUCCAUUUUACUGUACAAUUGAAAAGUAGCGAUUCAGAGGCUGGGUGGUGAAAGCCACUGGCUGGCGUGCUGCAACCAUACUUGAAAUAGGUAGAAACAAGGCUUUUGUGGGGAAAAAAAACAGCCUCUCAAAAGAGUUGCUUAGAAAUCAGAACUGUAGCCAGGGGUACAAAGAACCCAGUCAGGUUACAUACACUGAACAAACCAGAUUACAUACAAGAACCAAAUAGCUUUUUACAUUUUUUUUUAUUUGUUUUUUGUUUUUAAACUUUUGUUGCUGCUUUAAGGCAUUACAUGAGAAUGUGGAAAUUCCUAGACGUGAAUGUAGCUGAAACUGAACUGUGAGGUGAUAGAAUUACUGUUCUAGUUAGAGCUAAAGAAAUGUUGUUGUUUGUGUUUGGCUGUAGUUUUACCAAUAUUCACUCCUUCCUUUUUAAAACAUUCUUCUAAUUUUUACAUUAAGAACGGCUGAACAGCUAGAAAGGUAAAACAUUCAUCAGUUUCUGGAGGGUUUGGGCACCAAAUCCAAAAGGAAAAUGUUCUCUUAACGUUUUGCAAACGAAUGUGCUGAAAUGGGCAGGAAGGGGCAGCACUCAUGUUCAAUGCUGGGUUGUUUUGGUUUUUUUUUUUUUUAAAACCUCAAAACUUUAUUUUUAUUAGCAGUUUUAUAAACCUGAACAGUGUUGCCCACACAGUGUUGCCCAAUCCUGAUCCCACUAAGUCACCAGGAGUGAAAUCCUGGCCCCAUUGAAGUCCAUGGCAAGACUCCCGUUGACGUCAGUGCAGCCAAGAUUUCACCCUAGGAAUUUUGCCCUGGGCUUUGGCCUGAUUCUUCUCCUGGUUUAGUCAGUGGUGCUUUUGUUGCUGACUACAGUGGGGCUGGAGCAGGCCUGUGUUAACAGAAAAGGGAAUCCUCCUGCCAUGGAGUAAACUCUCAACACCCCUCCUCCUCCUCUGGGAGAGUCAGUUUUUAUUAUAAGGUCAAUCAGACAGAUUCCCACUGUUCUUAUGUCAUCUGCCAUCCCUGCACAUACAGCUAAUGUCUGUUAAGAAGCAUAGAGGGACAUAUUUUUACUCUAUUUGCCCGCCCACAGGCACAAAAUGGUGUGCACAUAGGUGGGACAGCUGGACCUCCACCUGCACCAGUUGUAUGCAUGGCCCUGGCCUUUGCAGGUGCAAUCACCUACCUAUUGUGAAGUGGAUGAUGCCCUUUGCUGAGCUGGGUUUGACCUGGGUUGUAAAUCUGGCUUCAGGCUGAACAACCAAAUAUGGAUCUAGCGCCACUGGAACCUUCCUGUCUAAUCCACUGCCAUGCUCUCAGAAAGGGACGUCCCAGUCAGGCCUGGCCAUCAUGAUGGUGGCUAGGGCAGACCUGCUGCCCCAGCGCCUUGCUGAGGGCCUCACCUUCCUUCCUGCCUUUACUGGAAAAAAACAAACAUUUGAAAUGUUGAAAGAAAGUCCCAAGACUGACUAGCACUCGCUGGAUCCUGAAUCGGAUAAAGCCUGGACCCAAAGAUUUCAGCUAUCAAAUACAGUAACCAUGGGCCGGGUAAGCUAGUGUGUAGGGCUGUUUUGCAUAUCGUACAUAUACCGUGAUGAACAGUCUUUCUCACAGAUCUACUAAUGACACAGGACCCUUGGAUAGGAAGUCAGACUUUUUUCCCCACAGAGCUUCCCCUAAAAGUGGCACCCUCAUGUGCAUAUUGCCAUGCUUUGAAACAAUCUAGGACUCCAGCUCCUCUGUCUUUUCCUAGCUCUGUUCUUCACUCCAAACAGUGGCCCCAAUGAAGUGAAGCACUUUUUAUGCUCAUGCUCAAUAGAGCACAUGUGCUUCUAGGAGUGCUUUGCUGAAUUGCAUUAAGUUUUGCUAUAUCUGAUUUGAGUGAAAGCAAAUGCCAUUGUAUCUAGGAAAAGGCUCAAGCAAGAGACAGACCAAUGGACUCUGGAUAGUGGUUGGAAAGGCUUCCAUGUCUAACUUAAGAGAAGCCUCUGUCUCCUAUGGCAAAGUAAACAUCAGCCUGGCCCCCCAGACAAUCUUGCAGGCAUUGUGAAAAGCUAGGCAAACAGAAGUCUUUCUGCAUUGUGCUCAGCAGCAUUCCUAAAGGGCAGCCUCCACAUUAACAAAGAUCCUUGAGAAAUGAGAGCGUCCCUCCCUCUGCUCCUUCUGCUCCUCCUUGAUAGCAGGAGACCCCUGUGCAUUUCCUUCCCAGUCCUAGAAGAGGGCAUCAUCCCCAGUGGAUGAAGACUCUCAUGUUUCCCACUCCUUUCAUGGUGUAGCUUACCCUGUGUCGAGCUGUUUUUGCAGAUUGUUUCCCACCUCCAACGGCAGCUGCAGCCUGCCUCCUCUCGAUGCCCAGUCCGAGAGUCUGUUGGGAACUGACAGCAGGGGGAAGCAGGUCACAGCCAUGGGAGACAGGUUUUCCCACAGAGGAGAGGAGAGACUGAGUAGCGCUCUCCUCUCAGUCCUACUCAGUUGCACUUGGAAACCCUGUCAGUUAGAUGUUCCCAGGUGACCUCCGCUUGAGAAUGCUCUGACUUCCAAAACACUGAAGAAAAACCAAGCAGUGCUCUCCUGUGUGCUACCUCCAUUCUUCCUAAGCAACUCAGGGACAAGCAGCAGCCUAUCAUCUCCCUUUGUCAUCUCACACCCAUAAACUAUACAGAUGUGACUCAGGAGACACAUGGGGCCAGAUUUUCAAGUGAUGUAGGUGUUCGAAAUGCUCUUCUCACCUGAGCAUGCAACUGACAAGUCUGCACACAGUAAUGCACAUGCAGCUAGCUAAUUGGGUGCCUCUGUGUGCAAAGUUGGAGGAACUCCACAUGUAUUUGCAUGCCUACCUCGACUGAAACUCUUGAGCCAAAAGCUAAACUCUGAACCCUAAACCUGUUCUGGACCUCGAUUAGAACACUAAUUCCUCAUCUCAGCCCUAGUUUACUGUAAUGUGAAAGCAUUUUAUAGUCCCUGAGCUCCAAGGGGGUGGACCGCAGAACCCCACAGAGAAGAACAGAGUUUUGCAUGUUUGCUGGAGUCUGCCUACAUGGAGCUCAUGGCAGAACUGAGACUUUAGAUUCAAAUGAGAUAAGAAGAUUACAAAAUCCCCAUGUGAGUCCUCCAUUUAUUUUAGCCUUUGACCUUUUUUCAGACUGGAUUAACACACACAACCUCAACUCAGCUUUAUCUUUGAAUUCUCUAUCCCAGUUUUUAUAUCCUUCCCUUCCUUAUCAAAAGAAAAAUAAAUACAAUACAGAAGAUUUGGAAAGCAGACAAAGAUUAGGAAAAGAGGAAUAAGAGUUGUCUUGGCAUCAAAUUUACAUGAAAAAUUGUAAUCUUCCACAAAAUAUUUUUUUCCUGUUAAAUCUGCCUUUUAUUACGUGUUUAUACAAAUGUUUUCAGGAGAGAGCUGCAUUUCAGGAAUGCUAUUUUAAUGAUUCUUAAAGGCCUUUUACUGUCAUUGGUGCUAUUUUUUUAGACUAAGGAUUUUAAUGUCAAAACUUUUGUGGGUGAUCUUUUAAAAUCACGACAAGCUUGUGUUUUUGUUGUGUUGCAAUAAUUCAUGUUACCUGUAAAAUUGGCCUAGUACCAAAGUAUGAAAAAUCAAAACUGUGCCUUGUCUAAACAGUUUACUCAUUUUCUUAUGGAAAAGAAGAAAGAUCAAUGCCCAGAGUUUACCUUAACAUUUAUCACAGUUUAAUUAAAAUCAGUAUUUCUAUA